CGACUGAAACAGCGAAGCGUAAGUUCGGUUGGAAACAUAACGUGUGUACGAUAAUGGCGGUUUGGGAGACAAUAGCUGGAUGGAUGUGGUACAGUGCGAUAUUCAUCCUUUCGGCAGUUUUAAUACUUUUUGCUUGUUACUGUCUUUACAUCAAAUAUAUACAUCAGAAAUAUGAUCACAUACCUGGACCUCCGAGGAAAAGUUUUCUGUUUGGGCAUGGGCCGAUAUUUGUGGAAGAGAUGAAAAGGGAUAGACUUGUGCACGAAAAGUUCCUGGAAUGGACAGAAAAAUAUGGCCCAGUGUAUCGACUAAAUGUUCUUCACUACGUAACAGUAGUGACCGUGGACCCCGAGGCAACAAAGGAGAUCCUCAUGUCACCAAAAUAUCCUAAAGACCCAACAGUCUACAAGCGUCUCUUCAACUUGUUUGGACAAAGGUUUCUUGGAAAUGGACUUGUGACAGUCGCAGACCAUGAUUUGUGGUACAAACAGCGUAGAAUCAUGGACCCUGCCUUCAGCAGCUCGUAUCUGCGGGGUCUAAUGGGCAUCUUCAAUGAGAAGGCUGAGCGUUUGAUGGUGAAACUGGCAGAGAUGGCUGACAAACAAACACCAGCCCACAUGCAUGGCUUAGUGAACUGUGUAACUCUGGAUGUCAUCACAAAGGUGGCCUUUGGAGUUGAUUUGGACAUGGUGAACAACAACAACCUUCCCUUCCCAAAUGCCAUAGAACUUUGUCUGAAGGGCAUGGUAUACUACCUCAGAGAUCCGAUGUAUGAGUUUUUACCAUGGAAUAGGAAGGUUGUGCAGGACAUCAAGGAGGCAGCCCAUCUUCUCCGUAGAACAGGGAGGGCCUGGAUAAAUGAGAGGAAGAAGGCAAUGGAUAAUGGUGAAGAUGUCCCUAAAGACAUUCUCACACAGAUCUUCAAAUCAGCUGAGGAGACUAAAUUUGAUGAUGAUAGUCAAGAACUUAUGCUGGACAACUUUGUGACGUUCUUUAUUGCAGGACAAGAAACAACAGCCAAUCAGCUGUCGUUUGCCAUCAUGGAACUUGGAAAGCAUCCGGAGAUAAUGAAAAGGCUUAAGGCAGAGGUGGAUGAAGUUCUUGGGAAGAGACAAGAAAUCUUGUACGAGGAUCUUGGAAAACUAACUUACUUGUCUCAGGUGUUAAAGGAGACUCUCCGACUAUAUCCAACUGCCCCAGGGACGUCUCGCUGGGUGGAUGAUGACAUGGUCAUAGAUGGGAUCAAAAUCCCUGGAGGUUUUGUAGUUCUUUUUGAUUCUUAUAUAACAGGUAGAUUGGACAGAUUUUACAAAGACCCACUGACGUUUGACCCAGAAAGAUUUGCCCCAGAUGCUCCCAAGCCUUACUUCUGUUACUAUCCAUUUGCACUGGGCCCACGGUCAUGUCUCGGUCAAGUCUUCUCUCAGAUGGAGGCUAAGGUUGUGAUGGCUAAGCUGCUGCAGAGGUUUGAUUACUCUCUGGCACCAGGUCAACCCUUAGACAUUGAGGAUAUUGGAACUCUGCGACCUCGGGGUGGAGUGAUUUGCAGGAUGAAACAACGUGAUUAAAACUGACGAACUACUAGAACUACUCAGUUAGUGUCUUCAGAAAUAAUAAUAAUAAUGAUAAUAAUAAUAAUGAUGAUGAUGAUGAUGAUGAUGACAAUAAAAAUUGUCAUCUUAGAGAAUCUUCAUACUAGAGAGCUCUCUAGGCAGAUAACAAUCAUAGUCUUUGACAGUAGGUGAUUUGUAACAAAAUGACCAAAAUGCACCCCCCUUGUUAACCUGCCAUCCCCCUAUAUGCUCUAUAGAGUAGUGUCAGUGGCCACUGGGCCAUCCACGCGUUAAAAAAUAACAAAUUGCCUACUGGUCUUUGUAAUCAUAGAGAAUUCUUAUCAUCGGUAACAAAAAGAUCAUCAUACACCACAAAUACUUAAUGAAUGUACUAUCUUGUAUUUUAACAUAUUAGUAAAGCAUUAUUAAUGUCUGACAGUGUAAGACUCUUGGCAUUUUAUUUGACAUAUAACAGUGUGUACAUUUUGACAUCAUAAUACUUUGCCCAAUUUUGUGAUGAUUCUGCUUUUCUCUACUCCUGGUAUCAAAUCUCACCAGUUUGUUGUUGGUUAAAGUUAAUACUGUAAAAUUAUUAACUACAGCAUCUACCAGAAUUUGUCAUAAAUAAAGGUAUCAUUCUAUGCAAA